CUCUGCCUCCCCGCCCCCGCCGGGAUUUAUUGAGUAUUUGGACUGGACAAUUAAGUGGCCCUGAUGAUGUUACCAAGCCCGGUCACCUCCACCCCUUUCUCAGUCAAAGACAUUUUGAAUCUGGAGCAGCAGCAGCAUUUCCACGGAGCUCACUUGCAGGCGGAGCUGGAGCAGCACUUCCACUCGGCUCCCUGCAUGCUGGCUGCGACUGACGGGACACAGUUUUCUGAUGCAGGGGAGGAGGACGAGGAAGAAGAGGGAGAGAAACUGUCCUAUUUGAACUCACUAGCUGCUGCCGAGGGCCACGGAGAUUCAGGUCUCUGUCCACAAAGCUAUGUCCAUACAGUUCUUCGAGACUCCUGCAGCAGGCCUAAGGAACAAGAAGAGGAGGUUGUGAGAGAACGGAGCCAAAAAAGCUGCCAGCUGAAGAAGUCUCUAGAAGCGACGCCAGACUGUAAGGCGAACGAGGACGGCGAGAGGCCGAAGCCGCGCAGCCGCCGGAAGCCGCGGGUGCUCUUCUCACAAGCUCAGGUCUUCGAGCUGGAGCGCAGGUUCAAGCAGCAGCGGUACCUGUCGGCGCCCGAGCGCGAGCACCUCGCCAGCAGUCUGAAGCUCACGUCCACGCAGGUGAAAAUCUGGUUCCAGAAUCGCAGGUACAAGUGCAAGAGACAGCGGCAGGACAAGUCCCUGGAGCUGGGGACGCACGCGCCGCCGCCGCCACCUCGCCGCGUGGCAGUGCCGGUGCUGGUGCGGGACGGCAAGCCGUGCGUCACGCCCAGCGCACAGGCCUAUGGCUCGCCCUACAGCGUGGGCGCCGGCGCCUAUUCCUACAACAGCUUCCCCGCCUACGGCUACGGGAACUCGGCCGCCGCCGCCGCAGCCGCGGCUGCAGCAGCAGCCGCGGCCGCGGCCUACAGCGGCAGCUACGGCUGCGCCUACCCGACAGGAGGUGGCGGCGGCGGGGCCUCGGCAGCGACCACCGCCAUGCAGCCCGCCUGCAGCGCCACCGGAGGCGGAUCCUUUGUGAACGUGAGCAACCUGGGAGGCUUUGGCAGUGGUGGCGGCGCUCAACCCUUGCACCAGGGCGCUGCAGCCGGGCCGGCGUGCGCACAGGGGACCUUGCAGGGCAUCAGGGCUUGGUAA